UAGUGCGACUUUACGUCAGCCCUGUCUAGUUUGUUUCUCAAAGAAAUAUUGAAACUGUAACCAAACCGUAAAGAAACCAAUUUCACCAAAAACAACUAUAACUACACAGAAGAAACGCCAAAUAAACGAAAUUUCGACAAAAUAAUUAAAGUUGUGCAAAUUUGUUUGGGAAAAUCCCAAAGCUUUUGGCCAAAACGUUCCAACGUUGUAUUACCGGCAUUUUAUUGAAUAGUAGUUUUAAGUUAAACAGCACCACAAAAUGGGUGAUACGGAUGCGAUGAGACCUGCUGGACCACCAAGACCACCAUUUCCAGGAGGAAUGCCACCCAGACCGAUGGGUGGUCCUCGGCCCGGUGGUCCACCAAUGCCAGGCGCAGGCCCAGGUGCCGGUGUACGUCCGGGUGGUCCACCACCCCUACGUACAAUGGAUAGCCGAGGAAACCUAUUAAUGGGAAGUCCUGGUGUACCAUCACCACCAAGACCUGGUGGCCCACCACAGAAUCCACAAACCAGGCCGCCACCACCGGCCCCAAACACUGGUGGGGGUCCACAGAGUCCAACGGGUCAGGGUGGGCCACGACCACAAGGUGCUUUUCCAUGGCCACCCCAGGUGCCUGGGCAACCACAAUCAUCUACAAGACCACCAAACCCCUUUCCUGGUAAUCAAGCUGCUACACGACCGCCAUUUAAUCGUCCGCCAGGAGCUCCGGGUGGCCCACCACAACAACCUCAAACACGGCCUCCUGGACCACAACAACAGCCACAACCAGCACAACAACAGCCACAAAGACCACCUUCCUCUCUAUCGACCAACGACGAUGAUGAUGUGAUAAUGGGUCAGGCAAUCACCCCACAAAAAACAGCUCCACUUAAAAAUGAUCCCAUGGGUCCGGCGUUAAACGAAGCCGAUGAAGACGCCGUCUACAAAGACGAUUCACCAGUAUCCAUGGCGAAGAACAGUGAUCUGUCAUUAGUUUCACCCGAUUCCUACAUGAAUGAUAGCAGUAUGUCGAAAUCCAUAAGUGGGGAAGUACCAGGUUCAAUGUCGAAAGGUGACAACGACAGUGGCGUUGAUGAAUCUACUCAAGAGAAGGAACGCAACGGCCCCGGAACCCCCAGUUCCCCAGCCAAAACUCCAACUUCGGUAACAUCCAAACCCGAGAAAUCGGCAGCAUCACGCCCACCCAGCACUACACCAUCCAAUAAAUCAUCCAAAUCUCGCAGUACUUCACGAAAUCGCAUUGCAUUGAAGACCCCAGAACCGGAACCAGUUAAAAAAGUUCCAAUGAAUAAAAUUCAAGUUGGACACGCUCCUUCACCUAAUUUGAAGGCCGUACGCUCCAAAAUUGGAUCUCUUGACAAUGCCAGCUACAAGCCAGGUGGCGGCAAUGUUAAAAUCGAAACGAAGAAAAUUGAAAUUAAGGCAGCACCCAAAAUUGAAGCUAAGAAUGAUAAAUACACACCAAGGGGUGGAGAAAAGAAGAUAAUUUCGACAAAAUUACAAUGGAACGCAAAAUCGAAAAUUGGUUCCCUAGAAAAUGCCCACCACAAGCCGGGCGGUGGUGAUAAGAAAAUCGAAACAAUUAAACCUGAUUUCAAGGACAAGGCCAAACCCAAAGUUGGUUCCAAGGAUAAUGUGAAGCAUGUUGCCGGUGGUGGUGACAUUAAGGAAUCCAAUGAUCAACCUAAGGAUAUACAAACACAAAAAAUCGAAAUAAAGGCACAAAGCAAAAUCGGUUCUUUGGACAAUGUCAAGCACAAGCCAGGUGGUGGCGAUAAGAAAAUUUUCGAUGACAAGGAUUAUUUGAAAAAUAUUGAACACGGCGUACCCUUGACCACACCACCGUCUCAGAGCUCACAAGGGCGCUUAAUAGCGACAAUACAUCUUGAAUUCGGUCUAUGUACCAAAGAUUGUCAUUACUGGAAGGCGCCAAAAAUGCAAAGAUCCACCACUCUGUCCGCAUCUAUGUCUCUACCAGCAGAAUGUCUGGUUUUGUCUGUAUCGAUGCCAUCGCUGAACAAUGAACAAAAACGACCAAAAAGUGCUGGGCCCAAGAAGAAACCUGGACAAGUUUUACAUCCAAAACCAUUCCGUUUAUAUUGAAGAGGCUAGAUCUUUUAAAAAAUGCAUAUUAAAGAUGAAGUUUAAGGGUGGAAAUUUACAACAGCAUUUUCAAGCAUAUUUUCAAAGAUUGUCUUUAAGUUCAGUAAAAAAUAAUUAGAACAAAAUUACGUGAAUUGAUUUGUUUCGAAUAGUAUCCAAUAUUUAAUAAUAAUUUCAGAUCGCAAUAAAAAUGUUGUUCCAAAGACUUUGGUUAAAAACAUGAUUUUUUCAACCAAUUUAAAAA